UGGGUUUUGGCUAAGUUGUAAUGGACAGUUUAAUCUGUUUUUAUUAUGAUAUAGGAGUAAGAGUGGACCUGCAUGCAGGGGAUUAUUUAGGUUAGAUAUGUUAUUUGCCUCGUUUUAGAAUUCGGGUACAGUCGGGUCGGGUCGGAUAUUCGAAUACUUUAAAAUGGGCAGAUUAGUACUGUGUCACGUGACCUGCAGGCUUGCUGUGAAACUCUUUUGGAGAGUGAUUUGAGGCCGUUGGAUUGAUGUUGCAGGGCAGGCUCAGAUUUCUAGGCACAGCUGCCCAGGCCUGUUUUUUUAGAAAAUUUUGUCUAGUACCCGGAUAAAUUAUUAAGCGUGUGAUUCUCAAUUUUCAUGAGCUGAUCCAGCUGUUGUUUGGGUGAUGUGGCAACACGUGUGUUUUCAAGGGCCCCGCAGAUUUAUUGGAGUUGUUAGUGGUUAAUUUAUUGCUAUUUUAGGUGGCUAUGAGGACAGUUAAUAGUGAAGUUAUUGUCACUCAAGAUUUGUGGCCUCAAUGGCUCUCUGGAGCCUGGAGGUCUGUCUUGCCUUGCUGAGUGUAAUAAAAACAUGCUAAUAAGUGUAUCGAGGGAUGUCGGAUUGAUAACACUGGAUUACGCUAACUAGUCGUGUGGCGAGCGAAGGAAUUAUAAUGCAGUUUUUGACGAGUGUAUGUUUGGUGUGACGAUAUUGAUAGCUACAAUAAGGAAUAAGAAAAAUGCUGCACUGUAGUUUGGCCAGGUCCAAAAAUAUUUACUAGGUGUAAGAAAGCUGAUGAGUCGCAUCAAAAAAGCUAAAUUAUUUUUCGGUGCAGUUUUGGUAAAAGUUGUGGUUCUGAUAACAUUUCACUUAGAUAUCAUUUUCCGAUACAACUUUAGGUAAAGGUUGUGGUUCUGGUAGUAUUUCUCUAAGAUUUUCGUAGGAUUAAGGACAAAUCUAUAAUCGCCACUAGGCUACUUAAUUUGCUAUGAUCCUUGCAUUCAUGGCUUGUAACACUAAUAAAACAAGACAAAAUAUUCUACCAGGUUGUAUUAAAACAGGGUACCUCUUGGAUUGUAGUUGCAACAGUACCCGCCAGCCUUUAUUACAAGGGGGUACUAAAUUUGGACCAAUCUAUUGAGCUUUUUAUUCUAUCAAACAUUCUGUAGUUUUCUAGUUCUCCUCAAUCUUUCUCUCUGUUAUCCUUUAGCCCAAUAAUUUAAAUCUACUUUUUGUAAAAGCAUAACAGUAGUUGCAAAAGUAAAGAAGAUUCAGUAUGUUCACAAUCUAAGAGCUAUAGUGUACUGCUUUUUACUUUUUGUUGAUGCAAGAUCAUUUUCUUCUUCAUUGAUGGAUCCGGUUAAUAUUGAUGUAGUGACCCCGAGUAGGAGUAGGUUAUCGCGUACAUUUGCCAAGGUUUUGCAUAUUCGAGCUUUAACAGGGAUUUCUCCAGCUGGAGGUCAGAAUACUAAGGAACAGAUGACUAGUCGGUGUAAGUCAUUUGAUGAAGAUGAGGAGCGUCGGAGAAAAGAAGUCACUGAAGCUUUUCUUGCCAAACUGUUUUCUAGUAUUUCAUCUAUUAAAGCGGCUUAUGCUGAGAUGCAGUUUGCUCAGUCUCCCUAUGAUAGUGAAACUAUUCAAUCUGCUGAUGAGAUGGUAGUCUCGGAGUUGAAAAUUUUAUCCGAGAUGAAGCAAUGUUACUUUACUAAACAGGUUGACGAGUCUUCUCCCGGGACUACACAGUUGUUGGCUGAAAUUAAGGAGCUGAAGAGUGUUAAUAAAACUUUAAAGAUUAUGGAGAAGACUUUAGACUCCGAGCAUGAGCUGAAACAGUCAGAACUAACCUUAGCUAGAGAAAAGUUAAAAGAGGUCAAAAGAGAGAACAAGUUAAUGGAGAAGAGAUUGAAUUCUAGUGGACCUUUGUCGCCUCCAAAUAACCUUCAAAUUUCAAUCAUAAGUACCAGCCAUUUCAUUACGAUACUUCGGCAGACUGUUAAAGCUAUCAGGAGUUUUGUAAAGUUGAUGAUCAAUGAGAUGGAAUCUGCUGGUUGGGAUCUAGAUGCAGCUGCCAAUUCAAUUGAACCAGGGGUUGUGUACUCAAGUGACGUGCACAAGAGUUUUGCAUUUGAGUCAUUUGUUUGCAAAGAGCUCUUUGCUGGUUUUAAUUACGCUUACUUCUCUCUUUCAAAAGAAUCUGUGUCCGAGAAGAAAAGACAACGGCAGUUCUUUGACAGAUUUGUUGUGAUGAAAUCUCAGAAGCCAAAGGAGUAUCUGGCCUGGAAGCCUAAUUCUACAUUUGCAAAAUUUUGCCGCACCAAGUACAUGAGACUAGUUCAUCCCAAAAUGGAAGCAUCUCUAUUCGGCAACUUGAGCCAAAGAAAACUAUUGACAUCCGGUGGUUUCCCAGAGACAGAGUUCUUUUCUCUGUUUUCCGAGAUGGCGAAGAAGGUGUGGUUACUUCAUUGCCUGGCCUUUUCUUUUGAGCCAGAGGCCUCAAUCUUUCGAGUUGACAAAAAUUGUAGAUUUUCUGAAGUUUGCAUGGAAUGUGUAAAUGAAGAAGCCUUCUUGUCCGCUGCUGGCACAGCGAAUGCUGAUCCUCGAGUGGCUUUCACAGUGGUUCCUGGGUUCAAGAUUGGUAAAACAGUAAUACAGUGUCAGGUAUAUCUCGCUUGAUCUUCAACUCAGAUUAGAUCAUUAGUUAGGGAUGGGAUCAUCUUUUAAAUCUGGAUCCCCGCUAUAUAGUCUACUUUAAAUUAGCUUUCGUUGAUAUAUUUGUAGUCAUGGCUCUCUCUACUGGUUCUGAUGGGUAGUAGGGACAUUUCAUCGCUUAAGACGGUGCCCCUACUAUAUUCCCAGUUUUGUUAAUACUCAAUCAGAAUAUGGUAGAGCCAUGUUUAUGUUGUAUAUUAUCUCAAUUAUAUUAAAUGGCAACUGUUUAUUUGAUUA